UAAAAACUGUGUUUGAUAAUGCAAUUGAUGUGCUUGAUGUGGAAGAUAGGCAAUUACCACAGAUAAAAUUUUUGUAUCCCUAUUUAUUGCGUGGCAUUGCCUUUCAUCACUCCGGGUUAUUGCCUCUUUUAAAAGAAAUAGUCGAGCUGCUAUUUCAAGAAGGUCUAAUAAAGGUCCUGUUUGCUACUGAGACUUUUGCUAUGGGACUCAACAUGCCAGCCAGAACCGUAGUAUUUACAGACGUGAAAAAAUUUGAUGGCAUUGAUACCAGGGGAAUUGUGAUUUUAAGGGCAAGAGAAAAAAUGGCUCCCAACGCUAUUAAAGAAAUGAUUAUGGGUGAAUCAGAUAACCUGACAUCGGCUUUCCAUUUAAAGUAUAAUAUGAUUUUGAAUAUGAUGAGGGUUGAAGGGAUUAGUCCAGAAUAUCUUUUGAAAAAUAGUUUUUAUCAGUUUCAGAAUACUGCUACCUUACCAGGACUUGAAGAAGACCUUCGUCUCGCUGAAUUAGAAUAUUCUAACUCUAUAAUACCUGAUGAAGAUGUCAUUGCUGAAUAUUAUGAUACUCGCAGGCUAUUGGAUGUUUACGCCCACGAAAUGAGGCAAAUCAUAAAUCAUCCUUCAAAUUGCCUUAAAUUCCUUAAACCAGGGAGUGACAGUCAAGACAACCAAACAUCAACUACUGAUAAAUACUUUGUUGACGUACUAUUAUAUUGUGAUAAAGAUUCUAUUGUUGCUAAGGCAGCUGAUGGGACAACUACUGGUGUAAGACCUUGUAAAGAAAAUGCGAUUGGUGAAAUGAUGGUUGUUCCUGUCGAAUUAACUAGUUUGUCUUGCAUAAGUCAAAUCCGUAUAUUUCCCCCAAAAAUUUUGACGCUUAAACAAGUUAGACAAAGUGUUUACGAUAGCAUUCAAGUAAUAAUUAAACGUUAUCCUGGCGGAAUAGCCUCACUAGACCCUAUUGAAGAUAUGGGCAUAGAAGAUGAAAAUUUUCACAAGCUGAUAAGGAAAACCGAAGUCCUUGAAGAUAAGCUUUUCUCAAAUAAGCUUCAUAACACCCCACAACUUUCAUCACUAUAUGAGCAAUAUGGCAAAAAAGUUGCACUUCGUGCCAGAAUAAGAACUUUGAAAAAGAAAGUCAACAAUGUUAAAUCCAUCUUACAUCUAGAUGAUCUUAAACACCGUAAAAGAGUUCUACGCCGAAUAGGAUAUUUAACUGAUGAUGAUAUAGUUACAGUUAAGGGUCGUGUCGCGUGUGAUAUCAAUGUUGGUGAUGAAGUUGUUCUGACUGAAAUGUUACUAAAUGGAGUUUUUAGUGAUUUAUCAGUUGAAAAGAUAGCAGCGCUUCUCAGUUGUUUUGUAAUAGAACAACAUGAUAAAGAAAGGAUUAAUUUAAAAGAAGACCUAUACGUUGUAUAUCGUAGAUUACAAGAGAUUGCACGAAACAUUGUGGCUAUAUCAGUAGAGUGUAAGCUUCAAAUAAAUGAAGAAGAGUAUCUUGCCAGUUUUUGCCCAGACAUGAUGGAAUUAGUGUAUAAAAUUAUGAAAAUAGCACCUAAAUACUAUGAUGGUCAUGUUAUUAGAGUGUUUCGAUGUUUAGAUGAAUUAUUACGAGCAAUGGUUAUUGCAGCCAAAAAUAUUGGAAAUUCAGAACUAGAAAUGAAAUUUCAGACGGCCAUUAGUAAGCUAAGACGAGGUAUACCCUUUGCAGCGUCUUUAUAUAUUCAAUAG